AUGACGUCAGGUUCAAAUGUGGUCAUGGUUCCGUCCGCCCGCCUGCUGUGCCUGCUGCUGCUGCUGCUGCUGCUGCUGCUGCUGCUGCUGCUGCUGACGGUGGCCGCGGCUCAGAGUGGAGACGGACGUGGGAACAAAGAACAGCGCGGCCUCAGCUGCAGCGCAGACAUCGCCAGGGAAGGAAACGCGCUGUCGUGCGAGCUGCUGACAGGACGACGCAGCGAGGACGAGGAAGAUGAGGACGGCGAAGAGGAACCAGACGGCAUCGUCAGGAUGAAUGUGUGCGCCCGCGACUACACACAGGUGGCGGUGAAGAUGAACUGCGUGAAGGAUGUUGGGAACACGCUGAGCUUCGAGGAGCCCCCGGUGGGCAACUUCAACCUGACGGUUCACCUGAGGAGAGGAGGCGUCAUCACCACCACGGUCGACAUGAAGAAGAUCGUGAAGCCCAGAUCUCCCUCCGUGCGGAACGUCACGUUUCACCAGGAGUCCGACGCGGUGUUCGUUCACGUGAGCACGCCGUACGUCCGAGACUACCUGACCACCGACAACCAGCUCUUCCAGCUGCGGAUCUGGAGUUCCACGCACCAACUGAUCCAGAACAUGACGUCCGAGACCGUCCUGAAGAUCGACCUGCUGCAUCUUCACAGGAACACCCAGUACUUUGUGAAGGUGCGAGCAAUACCGCUGAAGGAGCUAGAGGGCGUCUGGAGCGAGUGGAGCAACACGUACACGUUCCGCCUACCAGAAGCUGCAGGACCGGUGUCUGAAGACGUCUGGGACGCCACGCCCACCCUGACCCUGGGUUUUGUUUCGGUUGUGGUGGUGAUCGUGAGCCUCGUUAUCUUUUGGAAAAAGAAGAUCUUCACCUACAUGUGGCCAAACAUCCCACAUCCCAAAGACACGCUGGUGCACCUGUGCAAACCCAACAAGCACCUCCUGCUGAACUUCAACCCUGAAGUGUACAGUGCCCUCAGAGUUGCUCCACUGCAGACCAAACCCGUCAGGUCUGAUCCGGUCCAGUCCACCGACCCAGGCCUUUUGACCGACCUGGUCCAACCUGACACCCUCCGUCCCGACCCAGUCCGGCCCGGUCACUCGGUCCAGUCUGGCUCCUUAGGUUCGGACUCACUGGCGUCCAUCGAACUGCUCACGUCAGAGUCCAGCGGUCCGGCAGAAGACCUCUGCUCCACCCAAAGUUCAGACUGCAGGAGCACCACCAGCAACAGCACAGAGGAGUCAGAGCUCGCCGCCCUGCUGGACAGAAGCUGCUCCGACGGCGAGAACAGUCUCCAGAGCACCGGUCCCUCCUCGCUUCGUGGACCAGAUUCGGGUGCUGGACCCGGGGACAGCGGCGGUUCCGGUCAGCAGGAGGAGGCCUACGUCACCAUGUCCAGUUUCUACCAGAGCAAGUAGACGAAGAAACGGACGCAAAAAAACUGGACUCUCUGUUCACUUGACCUUAAGAAUGUGUUCUUGUCCCAUCAACAGGACCAACGUGACGUUGACUCUGUUGGUAAACGAUUGUUGUCAACGUAAUGACCAACAACCACGAAUCACAACAUCACGAGGCUGAAACGUCCAGCAGCUCAGCGUUCACGACGUUUUGUACGAUUUUAAGUCCUCAGGAGUUUCCGCUUCAUAUGUAGCGUUUUUUUGAGCUGUAAAGUUUGACAGACAGAUAGCUCCGAGUUAGUGAGUGAGUUAGUUAGUGAGUUAGUUAGUGUUGGAAACUACCAUUUCGUUGUGUUUCCCACCUGCUCAGAAAGUUCCUUUUUUAAAAACAAUCAGUUCCGACCAAAGGCGUCGAUCGGAGAUUAACGAGCAACUGCCGAACACUCACAACAGAGGCAUAACCAUAAAUCGGCGCCCCCUGGUUCCGACCUUGGAAGUGCCUCAUUAUGACCGAGUGAUCACAUGAUCAAACAUUUGUAAAGCUGCUAACAGUUACGUCUAACCGCUAGCGAUUAUAUCUUUUUUCUUUCUGUUUUUUUUUUACGUCGCUACUUUGUCGCUGUAAAAAAAAGCCACUUACUGACA